CGCAGCCCGUUCCUCCGGGCGGAGGCGGCCCCGGGCUCCCGGCGGGCUCGGCUCGGCGCGGGCAACGCGCGGGCUCUCCCCACUACUUCCGUGAGACGCCGCGGAGAGCCGCCAUCCUGGGGGCCCUGCCUCUCUUCUGAUUGGCUAACCGCUCCGCAGACGAGCUCCACUGGCCUCUGAUUGGUCCCGACGUGCCGCCUGUCACCUGCUUCCCUGUGGGAAUCUGGGUCGUUAAGGGAAGCGUUACUUGAGUCUCCAUUGAGAAGAGAUGGGCAGCUGCCAAAAAAGACACAAACAGCUGAAGGAUGGGUGCCGUUCCGUAUGUUAAAAGCAUGUUGAAAGGAAAAUAAGGAAGCCAGGAGCCUCAGUAUGAAUCAGAGUAGAUCUAGAUCAAGUAGUGGUGGUGGAGGACCCACAUCUCAAGACCGAAGUCAUCGUGAAAACGGGAGAAGAUGGCAGCAAGAACGCCUCCUUAGAGAAGAAGCCUACUACCAGUUUAUUAAUGAGCUCAAUGAUGAAGAUUACCGGCUAAUGAGAGACCACAAUCUUUUAGGCACCCCUGGAGAAAUAACAUCAGAAGAACUACAGCAGCGGUUGGAUGGAAUGAAGGAGCAGCUAGCAUCUCAGCCUGACCUGAGAAAUGGGACGAAUAACAGAGACUCAGAAACGCCGAGAGAAAGUCCAAGCGAAGACUCCUUGCUGGAAUGGCUGCACAACUUCCGUCUUACUGGCAAUGCGACUCGCAGUGGACAGAACGGGAACCAGACUUGGAGAGCUGUGAGUCGGACAAACCCAGCCAAUGGAGAGUUUCGGUUUAGUCUGGAAAUCCACAUAAAUCAUGAGAAUAGAGGAUUUGAGAUUCCUGGGGAAGAUGACAUGGGCAUUUUGCAUACAGAUAUUAUCAGAGAUCGGACUAGGCAACAGAGAUCAACUAGUCCUGUGGCUAGGAGAACCAGAAGCCAAAGCUCAGUGAAUUUCAGUGGUAGUAAUUCCAGCAUUCCACGGACUAGGCGUGGGUCGAGGAGGCAGAAUUCAGUCGAGGGAUCACCCUCGACACUGGGAAGGUUAAGAAAUAGAACUGGGAGAACAGCUGGUGUUCCUAGAAGUGGUGCUUCACACGUUAACUCUGGUAGUCAAGCAGGUCGGUCAGGUGGUAGCGAACUCAGGCAAAGGGAGGGGCAGAGAUUUGGCGCAGCACACAUUUGGGAAAACGGGGCUAGAAGUAACGUCACAGUGAGGAAUACAAACCAAAGAUUAGAGCCAAUAAGAUUGCAGUCCACUUUUAGUAGCCGGAGCCGUUCACCAAUUCGGAGACAGAGUGGCACUGUUUAUAAUUCCCCAAGGGAAAACAGACCUUCCCGGCAAACUGUUCGGAGGUCUGUGAGAACAGGUAUAACUCAGGUCUUUUUAGAUCCAGAUAGAGAACACAGAGGCACUGCAUAUUCCCAAUUCUCUAAUUCAAGACUUGUGUCAAGAAUAACAGUAGAAGAAGGGGAAGAGUCCAACAGAUCCUCACCUGCUACACAACGGCAUCCAACAAUCACACUGGACCUUCAAGUAAGAAGGAUUCGUCCGGGAGAGAACAGGGAUCGGGAUAGUAUUGCCAGCAGGACCCGAUCUAGAGCAGGGUUAGCAGAAAACACAGUCACUAUAGAAAGCGACAGCGGGGGCUUUCGCAGAACGAUUUCCCGUUUAGAGCGGUCAGGCGUCCGGACCUAUGUUAGUACUAUAACAGUUCCCCUUCAAAGGAUUUCUGAGAAUGAGCUUGUUGAGCCAUCCUCAGCGGCUCUCCGGUCAAUUUUUAGGCAGAUCAUGACUGGGUUUGGAGAGCUGAGUUCUCUAAUGGAGGCUGAGUCGGAGUCAGAGAUGCAGAGAAACGCUCAGCAUUUGCCGGGACUGGGUAGUUCAGGUCCCGUUGGUGGCAGCAGCCAGCAAAGGGGAAGCUCCUCUCGACACAGGCGAGCGCAGGGAGACCGCGCCGGACCGCUAGGUGGAAAUGAGUCCGCCCAGCCUCGUAACAGGGGCAGCGGCCGCAGAAGCAGUAGGCAGGUGCGAAAUUCAAACAGUUUCGUAGAAAAUGGAACACUGCCUAUUCUUCGCCUUGCUCACUUCUUUUUAUUAAAUGAAGGUGAUGAUGAUCAAAUACAAGGUUUAACCAAAGAGCAGAUCGACAAUCUCUCCACCCGGAACUAUGAGCAUAGUGGUAUUGACGGUGAAGUGGGUAAAAUCUGUAGCGUUUGUAUCACUGACUAUGUAACGGGAAACAAGCUCAGGCAGUUGCCCUGCAUGCACGAGUUCCACAUUCACUGUAUUGACCGGUGGCUGUCCGAGAAUUGCACUUGCCCCGUGUGCCGGCAGCCUGUCUUAGGAGCCGGUGCAGCAAACAACGGGUGACAUGGUGGGGUCUAUUCAAACACUGUAUUUUAAUAGAGCUGAGUGUUCAAACAUUCUUUUGUUGAGUUGUAAUGAGCUAACCAGGAUGAAAAAUAAGAUUCUAGUUCAAACUAUUUUUUUGUGUGCUUUUUUAACUUGUUAAAAGAGAAGAAUUUAUAUAAAUUUAAAACAAAAAUGUUAAAUUAUCCAAAAGUAUAGGAUAGUUACUAUUGCUAGAACCAAAUAAUCUUUAAAAUGUUUUUAUUUUGGUAAUUUUGUCAUGCUGAGCAUUUUUCUAUCUGCACAAUUCAAUGAGUUAAAAAAAUCUUGCCCUUUUCUUAAUAUUACAGCAGACUUUACUUGGGUUUUUAAGUUUCAUAAGCUUAGUACUGUAUCUAGACAUUCAUGUCUAAGCCUUUCAAAGAAUGUUUGGCUGAAUGUUUACUAUGUAUAUUUAAGUUACCUGAAAUGAUAAAUUAAUAUGCAGCAUACCAUAUGUGUAUAUAUAGAUGUAUAAUUUUAAGGUUAAAAUAUCCUGUCUAAAAACUACAAGUUUGACUCUUAUUUAAGCUUUUGGGCUAAUACUGCGUAUGGCACAAUGUUUAAUAUUGACAAGAUCAUCUCUGAAAGUAGAUUAAGAUAUAAUUUUGAAAUAGAGGUAAUUUACUGAAGCGUCUCUGACAAUCUGAUUUAUUAGCAAGCAAUAUGUAAUACUGAAUGAGUAUUUAUUCAGAAAUGGAACGUUGGAAAAUUAGAAUACAGAUUAUUUAAUUUGGAGUUAAAUUUUUUUUUGAAACAUGCAAAAAUUUCAUUGGGUUAAGUAAGGUAUACAGUAUGCAUGGUUUCUCAAAUUCAGUUUAAAAAAUCUAAAAAGAAAUAAGUCUACAGAAUCCAAUGCAUAGAUGAUACAUUAAGUUCACUUGGAGACCAAAUAACUCCAAAUAAUGUGAAAGAGAAAACCUUAAGAGAAUGUAGAAUUUAUCUAAACACAAAGUAUGCAUUGAAGAUCUAUUUCUACCAAUAAAUACUAAAACAAAGA